AUGGAACCUUUAGUAAAUUUAAUUGUUAAUUAUCUACCAUUGAAUCUAACUGAUGAUGAUUUAAGGCGAUUAUUUGAACGCAUAGCAUUUGUACGUUUUGCAAAAUUAGAGGAUGCAGAGCAAGCUAUGCGUGCCUUAAACGGGACAAUACCUCCAGGAUUUAAAAAACCAUUGGAAAUUAAAAUGACACAAAAUACAAAGGGAAAACCAUCUUCAGUAUAUAACUUGCCAGAAUUAAUGGAUACAACAGAUCAGAGUUACGCUUCACUAAAUGAUACAACGUUAUCAAUUGUACCGUUUUACAAUAAUAAUCAAAAUGGGCAAUUUGUACCAUUUGGUGGACAGAUGACGGAGGGUAAAAAUUUAUACGUACGGAAUUUUAGUCCGAAAAUUGAUGAAAUGUCAAUGUGUGAAUUAUUUAGAUCAUAUGGUAAUGUAUUGUGGUUAAAAAUAGCUCGACAUCGUGACGGUACAUCACGAAAAUAUGGUUUCGUAGAAAUGGAAACGGAAAAUGGUGCCACACAAGCUAUAAGACAAUUAAAUGGAAUUUUUAUCAUGGGGAAUGAUUCGUCAUACGAUGGAAAGUGGUCAGGGCAGUUGCCCUUCGCUAGACCUGAGCUUACCACUGAUUUAGUUGCUUAA